AUGAAAGAAGUCUACCGAAAGCCCUUGGCCUCCUCCGCCACUCCACCGGUGGCUCGGCUUGGUCUCGCUCCCUUCGCCCGACUAUCGGCUCGGCUUCGUCCUGGAAGCUACUGCUUCAGCCUUUCUAGGCUUCGCUAUCGCUCAUGA